GGAAAUAGUGGCACGCACGCACGCACGCACGCUCGCUCUAAGAAGAGAAGGGGUUUCAAAGAUGAUCUGCAAAUUCGUUUUUUUUUGUUUUUCAUAUUCUUGAGCUUUGGUAGUCCCGUGCGAUUUUGGAGAAUAUAGUGAGAGAUCGCUUACAACUACUGGUCUAAUUUUGUUGUUUUUUGGAGAGUAUCUGAGGAGGAAGAUGGCUGUAUUGUCUUUGGAAUCUCUACCAUUAGGAUUUCGUUUCCGUCCCACAGACGAAGAACUUGUGAAUCACUAUUUACGUCUCAAAAUUAACGGGAGGGAUUCCGAUGUUCAAGUAAUUCCUGAGAUCGAUGUUUGUAAGUGGGAGCCUUGGGAUUUGCCUGAUUUAUCGGUUAUUAAGACGGAUGAUCCUGAGUGGUUCUUCUUCUGCCCUCGUGAUAGAAAGUAUCCCAACGGUAGUCGAUCCAACAGAGCCACUGAAGCCGGCUACUGGAAAGCUACUGGUAAGGAUCGCACUAUCAAGUCUCGCACGAACUUGAUCGGUAUGAAAAAGACCUUGGUUUUCUACAAGGGUCGUGCUCCUAAAGGUAAGAGGACCAACUGGAUAAUGCACGAGUAUCGGCCCACCGAGAAGAACCUUGAUGGCACAAACGCUGGCCAGGCUGCUUUUGUCCUCUGUCGUCUAUUCAGGAAGUCUGAUGAGAGGGUUGAAAAUUCAAACUGUGAUGAAAUUGAACCUUCUGGUUCAUCUCCUACCAAGUCUUCUCCUGAUGAAAUACAGUCAUCGCUAGCAUUGGUUGAAUCAACUCCAGAGUCAGAUAUGCAGGUUGGAAAACAACCGGCAGGUAUUGAGAGGUGGCUGGAUGAUAAGUCUGACAAUGUUAACUCUGACAUUUGCACUAGCAAUAUGGCUUCCGAUUUUGAAGAUCAUGACCAAGAUGCUACCACUACUGAGGUUGAUCCGCAGCUUGUGGAGGAUUUAAAGUUCUUUUGUGACCCAUCUUUUACUGAGCCAUUAGAUUGGAAGGUUUUCUCCCCUUUGCAGUCAGAGAUGUUUUCUGGCCAGGGUCUUCCAUACAUGAAUUCCCCCUUUGCUGAUAACUUUGGCAAUAACAAUAGUGGUCAGGGUUUUCAAGAUGGCACAAGUGAGCAGGAUGUUUCUAUCUCUGAAUUCUUGGAUGCUGUCAUCAAUAACGAAGGCUAUUCCUUUGAAGAAUCAAUCAGUUCGAAGAAUUCAGCUCCAAGGAGUGAGGCAACUGUUAGUCCUGUAAUUCAGCAGCCUAAAUAUGAUGAUGGCUCUGGUAGAGUUUCCAUGAUUUUGGCCAGUGAAUGGCCAUCUUCCUUUGGCAAGGACAGUGGAUCGAGCAGUGAUACAGAUACUGAAGCAGCACAAUUGCAGAUGGAAGCUUUGAACGGUUUCUUCCAGAAUGACUCUUUUGUGCUUCCUGACUCUACUAUGCAGAGCAUUGGGAAGUCUACCAGUCAGAAGAACUCUGUCAAAAAUGGUGGUGGUCCUAUUGACACUGGAAUCAAGAUAAGGACUCGUCAAGCACAACAACAAUCAGGUCCCCACAACUUGUCAACGCAGGGCACUGCUCCGAGGAGGAUCCGUUUACAGACGCAGUUUUCCUGCAGGGGGACAAUGUGCAACAAGGCAAUGGCAUCAAGUUGCGAAGAGGAACAUGAAGUUAAGCCAAAAGUUGUUGAGGCUAUUUUUGGUUUGGACUCUUCUACAGUCGAUAAGCCAGAGGGAGGGGAAAUACUGGAUCAUUCUGGCAUUGCUGAAGAACUCAAGGCGAAGCUCCGGUUGAGAUCAAGAGGUGACACUGUAAAGGUCAGCAACCAAUUUGGGGUGCUACUUGUGCGUCGUCGUUCAAAUUCAUCAGCUGUUUAUAUUGUUUGUGUAGCUGUACUUAUAUUCCUUGUUAUAGUUUGUAUUUCGGUAUGGGGAAGGCUAACAUCUUGAUGUCUGCAUAGAGCACGUACUCCAUAGUCCAUAUGCUCGGCUUCUAUUUUGUAGUUAAAAAAUGUGAUUUGGGAGUAGGGAUAGAUACCUUUUUUGUACAUGUAUGUAAACACAAUUCCACUGAUUUGUGUGUUUUGUAGUUAUAUGUAUUUUAUUGGACUUUUAGUAGUAGUGCUGUAACCAUAAAAAAGUGUCUCCCUCUCCCCCCUCCUCUUCUCUUGAUGGCCUUUAUAAAUGUUUUUUAGCUGGCCUGC